AUGGGGGAAGGAUUGGAGGACCAUGAGGGAUGGAUUGGAGGACCCUUCACCCAGCAGGACGAGCACAAGAUCCAGCACUGCUUCUGCUACACCUCCACCGUGCUCACCAGCACCUUGGCCUUCCAGAAGGAGCAGAAGCUCAAGUGUGAAUGCCAGGCUCUGCUGCAGGUGGCGAAGAACCUCUUCACUCACUUGGACGACGUCUCAGUGCUGCUGCAGGAGAUCAUCACGGAGCGCGCGCACCUCAGCAACGCCGAGAUCUGCUGGUUCCUGCUGGACCGCCACAGCCACGAGUUGGUGGCCAAAGUGUUCGCGGACGGCGGCGUGGUGGACGACGAGAGCUAUGAGAUCCGCAUCCCCGCAGAUCAGGGCAUUGCGGGCCACGUGGCCACCACCGGGAAGAUCCUGAACAUCCCCGACGCGUACGCGCACACCCUCUUCUAUCGGGGGGUGGACGACAGCACCGGGUUCCGAACGCGGAACAUCCUCUGCUUCCCCAUCAAGAAUGAGAGUCAGGGUGUGGGGGGGGGGUGAUCGGGGGUGGCGGAGUUGGUGAACAAAAUCCACGGGCCGUGGUUCAGUAAGUUCGACGAGGAUUUGGCCACCGCCUUCUCCAUCUACUGCGGCAUCAGCAUCGCGCACUCCCUGCUGUACAAGAAGGUGAACGAGGCGCAGUACCGCAGCCACCUGGCCAACGAGAUGAUGAUGUACCACAUGAAGGUGUCGGACGAUGAGUACAGCAAACUGCUGAGUGAGGGCAUCCAACCCGUGGCCGCCAUCGACCCCAACUUCGCCAGCUUCACCUACACGCCGCGCUCCUGCCCGAGGACCGACACGUCCAUGGCCAUCCUCAGCAUGCUGCAGGACAUGAACUUCAUCAACACCUACAAGAUGGACCGGCAGACGCUCACCAGGUUCUGCCUGAUGGUGAAGAAGGGCUACCGGGACCCCCCCGUAACAAACUGGAUGCACGCCUUCUCCGUCUCCCACUUCUGCUACCCCUACAAGAACCUGGAGCUGUCCAACUACUGGAAUCUCUCGCUGCUCUUCAUCUCAUGCAUGUGCCAUGACCUGGACCGCGGGACCAACAACUCCUUCCAGGUGGCCUCGAAAUCAGUCCUGGCCGCGCUCUACAGCUUCCGAGGGUCUGUCAUGGAGCGGCACCACUUUGCCCAGGCCAUCGCCAUCCUCAACAGCCAGGGCUGCAACAUCUUCGACCACUUCUCCCGCAAGGACUACCAACGCAUGCUGGACCUCAUGCGGGACAUCAUCCUGGCCACCGACCUGGCCCACCACCUACGCAUCUUCAAGGACCUCCAGAAGAUGGCAGAAGUUGGCUACGACCCCAAGAACAAGCAGCACCACAGCCUGCUGCUCUGCCUGCUCAUGACGUCCUGCGACCUCUCCGACCAGACCAAAGGGUGGAAGACCACCAGGAAAAUCGCAGAGCUGAUCUACAAGGAGUUCUUCUCCCAAGGAGAUCUGGUAGGUCCAAUGGGCAACCGCCCGCUGGAGAUGAUGGACCGGGAGAAAGCCUACAUCCCUGAGCUGCAGAUCAGCUUCAUGGAGCACAUCGCCAUGCCCAUCUACAAGUUGCUGCAGGACCUCUUCCCCAAAGCCUCGGAGCUGUACGAGCGCGUCGCCAGCAACCGGGAGCAGUGGACCAAAGUGUCCCACAAAUUCACCAUCCGGGGGCUGCCCAGCAACAACUCCCUGGACUUUUUGGAUGAGGACUAUGACCCACACACCCCGACCCACAGCUGAACGGGUGCCUGGAUGCCGAGGGGCACCCCGAGUCGGGGGCAGAGUGAGGAUGGCGCUCGGGGGGUGGGGGGGGUGGGGGGGGGGAGGGGGACAACGGGGUUGGGGACAGGGCGAGGUGAUGAUGGGGUGCCAUCCCUGCCCCGGUGCCACCCAUGGGACGCGGUCCCCUCCCUGUGUGUCACCGGAGCCCCGGCCUGGUGGCACUCGGGGACGGCAGUGUCCCCAUGGGGGUGUUCUCCCUGGGCUCCCCAGUGCGGCUGUCCCCCGGAAUGGGGCCACGGGGACGCGCUGUGGGGCGGGCGAUGGGGGAGAGCCCCCAACUUUUGGGGCUAUGGGAUGGGUUGGGGUCAACCCACAGCUUCCGCGGGGUGGGGGGUUGGUGGACACUGCCAUCCAUUGGGUCCCCCAACCCUACAGACCCCCAUGCAUGGACACUGCCAUCCCAUUGGGGUCCCCUGAUCCUACAGACCCCCAUGCAUGGACACUGCCAUCCAUUGGGGUCCCCUGAUCCUACAGACCCCCAUGCAUGGACACUGCCAUCCCAUUGGGGUCCCCUGAUCCUACAGACCCCCAUGCAUGGACACUGCCAUCCCAUUGGGGUCCCCUGAUCCUACAGACCCCCAUGCAUGGACGCUGCCAUCCCAUUGGGGUCCCCCGAUCCUACAGACCCCCAAUGCAUGGACACUGCCAUCCCAUUGGGGUCUCCCGAUCCUUCAGACCCCCAUGCAUGGACACUGCCAUCCAUUGGGGUCCCCUGAUCCUAAAGGCCCCCAUGCAUGGACACUGCCAUCCCAUUGGAUCCCCCCAACCCUACAGACCCCCAUGCAUGGACACUGCUGUCCAUUGGGUCCCCCAACCCUACAGACCCCCAUGCAUGGACACUGCCAUCCCAUUGGGGUCCCCCGACCCUACAGACCUCCAUGCAUGGACACUGCCAUCCCAUUGGGGUCCUCUGACCCUACAGACCCCCAUGCAUGGACACUGCCAUCUGUUGAGGUCCCCUCGACCCUACAGACCCCCAUGCAUGGACACUGCCAUCCCAUUGGGGUCCCCAACCCUACAGACCCCCAUGCAUGGACACUGCCAUCCCACUGGGGUCCCUCUGUUCCUACAGACCCCAAUGCAUGGAUACUGCCACCCCAUUGGUGUCCCCCGAUCCUACAGGCCCCCAUGCAUGGACCCUGCCAUCCCACUGGGGUCCCCCAACCCUACAGACCCCCAUGCAUGGACACUGCCAUCCCAUUGUGACCCCUUCGGCCCUAUUGAUUGCUGUGUAUGGACACUGCCAUCCCAUUGUGGUCCCUGCGGUCCUACAGACACUGCCAUCCCAUUGCGGUCCCUUUGGUCCUAUUGAAUGCUCUGUAUGGAUGCUGCCAUCUUCCUGUGGUCCCUCUGACCCCAAAGACCACCAUGCAUGGCCCCUGCUAACAUCCCCUUGACCCUACCACCCCACAAGCUACCACGUAUGGCCCCUUCCAUCCUCCCAUGGUCCCACUGAUCCCAAAGACCACCAUGCAUUGAUUAUGGCGAGCUCUCCAUGUCCUUCUGGCCCUACAGACCCCCACACAUGACCCCUUCCACCCCUCCAUGGUCCCACUGAUCCCAAAGACCACCAUGCAUUGAUUAUGGCGAGCUCUCCAUGUCCUUCUGACCCUACAGACCCCCACGCAUGACCCCUUCCACCCUACAUGGUCCAUCUGAUCCCAAAGACCACCAUGCAUUGACUUUGGUGACCUCCCCAUGUCCUUCUGGCCCUAUAGACCCCCACGCAUGACCCCUUCCACCCUUCAUGGUCCCACUGAUCCCAAAGACCACCAUGCAUUAAUUAUGGCGAGCUCUCCAUGUCCUUCUCGCCUUACUGACAGUCAUGCAUGACCCCUUCCACCCUGCAUGGUCCCUCUGAUCCCACAGCCCCCCAUACAUGGACUUUGCUGAGCCCUCCAUACCCUUCUGGCCCUACAGACCCCCCAUGCAUGACCCCUUCCACCCUACAUGGUCCAUCUGAUCCCACAGCCCACCAUACAUGGACUUUGCUGAGCCUUCCAUGUCCUUCUGGCCCUACUGAGAGUCAUGCAUGACCCCUUCCACCCUUCCAUGGUCCCACUGAUCCCAAAGACCACCAUGCAUUAAUUAUGGCGAGCUCUCCAUGUCCUUCUCACCCUACAGACCCCCAUGCAUGGCCCCUUCCACUCUUCCAUUGUCCCACUGAUCCCACAGCCCACCAUACACGGACUUUGAUGAGCCCUCCAUACCGUUCUGACCCUACAGACCCCCACGCAUGACCCCUUCCACCCUACACGGUCCCUCUGAUCCCAAAGACCACCAUGCAUUGAUUAUGGCGAGCUCUCCAUGUCCUUCUGGCCCUACAGACCCCCACGCAUGGCCCCUUCCACCCUUCCAUCGUACAUCUGAUCCCACAGCCCACCAUGCAUUGACUUUGGUGACCUCCCCAUGUCCUUCUGGCCCUACAGACCCCCAUGCAUGGCCCCUUCCACCCUUCCAUGGUCCCUCUGAUCCCAAAGACCACCAUGCAUUGAUUAUGGCGAGCUCUCCAUGUCCUUCUGGCCCUACUGACAGCCACUCAUGACCCCUUCCACCCUACAUGGUCCCACUGAUCCAAAGACCACCAUGCAUUGAUUAUGGCGAGCUCUCCAUGUCCUUCUCGCCUUACUGACAGUCAUGCCUGACCCCUUCCACCCUACAUGGUCCCUCUGAUCCCACAGCCCCCCAUACAUGGACUUUGCUGAGCCCUCCAUACCCUUCUGGCCCUACAGACCCCCACGCAUGACCCCUUCCACCCUUCAUGGUCCCUCUGAUCCCAAAGACCACCAUGCAUUGACUUUGCUGAGCCUUCCAUGUCCUUCUGGCCCUACUGAGAGUCAUGCAUGACCCCUUCCACCCUUCCAUGGUCCCACUGAUCCCAAAGACCACCAUGCAUUGAUUAUGGCGAGCUCUCCAUGUCCUUCUGGCCCUACAGACCCCCACGCAUGACCCCUUCCACCCCUCCAUGGUCCCACUGAUCCCAAAGACCACCAUGCAUUGAUUAUGGCGAGCUCUCCAUGUCCUUCUGGCCCUACAGACCCCCACGCAUGACCCCUUCCACCCUACAUGGCCCCUCUGAUCCCACAGCCCACCAUACAUGGACUUUGAUGAGCCCCCCAUGUCCUUCUGGCCCUACAGACCCCCACGCAUGACCCCUUCCACCCUACAUGGUCCAUCUGAUCCCAAAGACCACCAUGCAUUGACUUUGGUGACCUCCCCAUGUCCUCCUGGCCCUACAGACCCCCACGCGUGACCCCUUCCACCCUUCCAUGGUCCCACUGAUCCCAAAGACCACCAUGCACUGACUUUGGCGACCACUCCAUGUCCUUCUGCCCUACUGACAGCCACGCAUGAAUCGUGGUGGCCUUUGCGGUCCCUUUGGUGGCCACACACGGUGGGGGCCCUACAAGUCUCCCGUGGCCCCCACCCCACUGACUGUUGGGUCCCCAUCCCUCGAGGUGCCCGGGUGGCCCCGUCCCCCCCCGAACCCCCCAAUGCUGCAACGCCGAGUCGUCCGCUUCGGUGUGAGAGUCAACGGGAUCCCCCAAAGCCACCGUGGGGCCGCGUCCGUCCUGCCUUACCUCCUUGGAGAUGCCUUCAGAGAGACGCUUCGUACGGCCCCGUGCUUCGUGCCCCACCGCUUCACCCCACAGCCUUCCCAUGGGGCGGGGAAGGAGCUGACCCCAAAGGCAAACGGAAAGUUAAGAACAACCCCACAAAGGAUACAGGAGAAAGCCAGCGCGGCGCCAGCCCCGACGCCGGCACCGUGGGUGGGAUGGAGCUCCCCGACGCCGGCGACGCGGGUUGGUGACGAGCAUCACCACGGGCACGGCCGUGACCCACAGCCCGUGGCCACGCGUCCCCAUGUGGGGCGGUGGGGCGGUGGGGCGGUGGGGCGGUGGCAGACCCCGAGCCCUGCAGUGUGCGUGCCCUGUGCCUCGCGUGCACCCCGCAGCUUCUGUGGUUGCGCCGCGCUCGGCUCCGCCGGGGCUGAGCAGGAGCGGUUCUGUCCUCCUCUUCCUCCUCUUCUUCUUCUUCUUUGGUAUUUCCUUUUUCUUCUUCUUUUUUUUAUGGUUUGUUUUCUUUUUCUUUUAUUUUCUUUUAUUUUUUGGUGGUGGGUUUUUUUGCUUUUUUUUUUUGGUUUUCCUAAUAAAUUUCAUACGUCGAUCUGC